ACACUGUCAUUCAUACCCCACAGCAAACUCACACAGCAGUCAAUACCCAGAAGACACCUUAGGAACAAAACCGUUCUCUGUCCGUCUUUUGUUUCACCCUGAAUUGAAAACGAACUUUUUCACUGUUAUUAAACGGCAGAGAAGUGGAUCAGGGUUCGGUUACACCCUCACGGAAGCUCUUUGAUGCUUCUCGGCAGAUUUUUUCUGUCUAUUUUAUUCUUUAGUUCAGCGCCUCUCUCUCCUUGCUUUACCACACUGCUUUGAGAGAGAAUGUCAAAGGUGUGUUAUGGCGUUUAUAUUCUUUUAUGGAUGUUUUCCCUGGUGGAGUGUAAGAUUCCAGAGGUUCGAGUGACCUGCAUCUUCUCUGAGAGCUGCACGCUACCCUGCUCAUUCACGCCCACUGACGCUCCUGUGAGAAUCCAGUGGUACCACCAGGAGUCGCUCGUAUUCAGUUUACAACAGGGAGGAGAGCAGCUCAGCAACGGCAACACGUGGGUGCAGGUCGAACACAUCUCCCAUGGCAACGCGACGCUGUUACUGAAACGCGUGAUGGUGAAGAAUAAAGGACGAUACAAAUGUGUGGUCAACAAUACGUCUCAGACAUAUGUUGUAGCAGCAGUGGAAGCUCCCAUCAGAAUGAUCUCCAUUGGCACACACCCUUCUGGAGUAAUUCAAUGCUCUUCCAAAGACGUCUACCCACCACCAGACAUACAUUGGACCACAGAACCUAGUUUACCUUCAACUGCCCUGCAGCCGGUCACCCGUAUGUUCUCUGAUGGGAUGGGUCUCUUUGCUGUUGAAAGCAGUGUAAAACAGAAUAAUAACACGUUUGAUCACAUGUAUGUGUGUAAUAUUACUUCCAAGUAUGGCACACAAACGUGGACGGCGUCGUUACAGCUACAAGAAAGGACUGGCUCUGAAGGGCAAAACCUGGUAAUUCCAUGUAAAGCUCCCAAGAACCUUCAGUUCUCCACACUUGUCUGGACUUUCACAAACGCAAACAAAACCACAGAUGUCCUUAAGUAUGAUAGCCAGACCCAUAAAACCACCAGUUUCCAGGAUUAUGCAGAAAUAAAGGACGAGCGCGCAUUGAAAGGGGAUGGAUCCCUUACCCUGGGGAAAACUGUAGAUUCGGAUCAUUCUGGAAUCUAUACAUGUGUAUUCUCAGGAGAAACAACAAGACAUCUUAUAGAGACUAGUGUCAAUUUUUCACUUUCCAAGCAGAAGAAAGAGUCUGUCACAUAUCAUCUGUGGAUGUUGGGUAUUUUUGUAGGCUUACUGGCCCUUCUUGCAGUAACUAUACUAAUAAAGAAAUUCAGAGCUAAAUUAAAAAGGAGUCAAGAAGGAGCUCAGGGGGAUGAGGAGAUGCAAAGCAUGAACACAGCCAAAACAUCAGAAGAACCACAGGCAGAAAACAAACUUAAGUCACAACCUUCAGAUAGUCGCAUGUGACCAUGGACAGCGGAGAGAAGAAUGUUGCGACAGAGAGACUAUUUAAGCAGUUUGGAUGACGGAAGAUUUUUUUAAUAUCACAGUAUUUCUGUGCACUCUGUGUAUUUGUCAUGGGAUAAUCAGAACAAUGUUUAGAUGUGACUAAACAUUUCACACAUUGUAAUGGCGCCUUAAUUUCUUCAGUAUUUAUUCUAUAAAUGAAAAUGAUUAAAAAAGGUAUUUAUUAAUAUUAAA